UCGCUCCCGUCAUUCGUAUUCUCUCUCCUGUCCUCGGCCUCCAUCUUCGCUUCCGUGUUCGGGCCGCUCGUCCUCUUCUCCCUCUCUCUCCUCUUUUCUCUCUCUUGAAUCUUUAGCGCGUUCGAAGGGGGAAGAAAGAAAAAGCUUCGAGCUUCGAUUCGAAUAAGGGGUUUUUUUUUCACCGCAUAAUUAACGAUUAAACUUGUCGGGGACGACCGGAUCUCGCGAUCGGAGAAAAUCCUAAGACUUGUCGGGCUCCGCCUGAAUUUCGCUCUCCCUUCCCCCCGGCCCGAUCGUGUAGAUCUUAUAAGAACAACCCCGCCGACGGGAUCGGAUCGGAUCGGAUCUGGCCGUUUAAAAUAACCUGAAUUCGGUCGGAUUUCUCGGCGGAGGUUGAAGUGGAGUGGGGUCGAUUCGGCGGUGGUGCGGCGGAUCGGUCGGCGGGAGGGUUGCUGGGAUUGGUGUGGGGGAUGGUGAAGGAGGAGGGGGCGGUGGACGUGGAGGAAGGGGAGAUUUCGGACGCCAUGUCGAUCGAGGAGAUCAGUGAGGAGGAUUUCAAGCAGGACGCGAAGGAUGCGAAGGAGGCGUCGAAGCCGAAGGCUAGGGUUUGGACGAUGCAGGACCUGUACAGGUAUCAGGUCGAGAAGGGGUACACGUCGGGACUCCACAACCUCGCCUGGGCGCAGGCGGUGCAGAAGAAGCCGUUGAGCGAGAUCGUCGUGAUGGAUGCGGAUGCGGCGGCGGCGGCGGCGGUGAAUGGAAAGAAGGGCGAGUCGGGGAAGGGAGGGGAGAAAGUUGUGAUCGACGACAGCGGGGAUGAAGGGGACGGGAAGGUCCACGACAGCGAGAAGGAGGAAGGGGAACUCGAGGAAGGGGAAAUCGAUCUCGACUCGGAGGUGGUGGAUAAGGUCGAUGGAGACGGUGGGGAGGCGACCUUGAUUGCCGAGACCGUGAGCAAUGGCAGCGGCGAGUGUGAGAUGGAGUUGGGAGAGGAGGAAGUGGAGAGGCGAAUUUACUUGAUUCAAGAAGCUCUUGAUAGCGUGAUGUCGUCCAGUGAAGAGAUAUCAUUCGAAGAAGAAUGUUGCCGCCUGCAAGGUUGUCUGGAGAAUCUCAAGGAAGUGGUUUUGGUGAAUAGUCUUACCUUGAAGGAUGCACUGAUACAGCUGUUCUUGCUGGCAAUUCAAGGAGUCCAUGCUGAAUUCUGCCUCAUGGAUUCUAGCCAGAAGGAACAGAACAAGGACAAAAUUUCAAGGCUGCUUUCUCUCGUGAAGAGCAACCAUCCCUCUUUUUUUUCCUCUGACCAGGCGAAGGAGAUAGAGGACAUGAUAUGCUACUUAAAUGCAAUUCCUAUAAUGUCGAGUGCAAAAGCUGGUGAUAGAGAGAAAGAUAAUCGAUUCAACGAACCUUCUUCGUACCCGAAAAAUUCGGAAAAUUCAAGUGGCAUUGCUGCUUAUAAUUUAAGGCAGUCAAGUGAAGUACACGGAGAAUCAUUACUUGCUGAGUCGACUGAUCAGACUGGUCGAAAGAUUACUCUAAAAGCUCUGAAACUAGGGAAUUCGGGUGCCAAGGCUCGAGGAAUGUUGCUUCCUUUGCUUGAUCUUCACAAGGAUCACGAUGAAGACAGUCUUCCAUCACCCACUCAACAAGCACCACCCUCUUCAAGGGGGCCAUUUUUAUCUAGGGCAGAUGGAAUUUUUAAGCCAGAGAUGAGCAUGAGCAUGGGUAAAUCAGCGCAGGAAGCAGAAGCCUUCAAAGUGCAUCCUUACGAAACUGAUGCAGUUAAAGCGGUUGACCACUAUCAACGAAAGUUCCAACAGAAGUUCGGGAGUAAUUCCUUUUCCAAUGACAGACUUCCAAGCCCAACCCCUUCAGAGGAGCAUGAAAAUGGAGUUGAUGAUACUAGUGGGGAAGUCUCCAGUUCUAGUUCUAGAAUUGGUAAUACUAAAAUUAUGAAUGCACCUAACUUGGGGCGCCCAGUUUUCUCCUCUUUGCCCCAUGUUAACAAUAUCAAUAUGCAAGGAGCGGCGGUUCCACAAAAUCAUGCCGUUACAAGCUCUGGGUCUAAUCUUCCUGUUAAAUCUUCUGGAAAGAGUAGAGAUCCGAGGCUUAGGUUUGCCAAUUCCGAUUCGGGUAAUCUGGACCUUAACCAACGGCCCUUGCCUGUGAUACAUGGUGCACCGAGAGCCGAACUUCUUGGUGGGAGCAUGAUUGCUAGAAAGCAAAGGAACUUGGAGGAUCCUGCUCUUGAUGGUCCUGCAACAAAAAGGCUAAGAAAUGGAUUUGAAAAUUCUGGUGCUAUAAAGGAUAUGAAAACUGGUGGCUGGCUGGAGGAUCCUCGUGCCGGAGGAUAUCAAGCAAUCAAUAGAAACAAUCCACUGGAAAAUGCAAGUGAUUUGAAGAGAACAGAUAAUGGGGUGAUUUAUCCAUCUAUAGACAGUGGUAAGUCCAGUGUGGCGAUCAGCAGCAGUGGGAACAAUUUGUCUAGAGUUGCAAGUGUCAAUCCAGCAGCUGCUCUGCCUGCAUUAUUGAAGGAUAUUGCUGUUAAUCCAACAAUGUUAAUGAAUUUACUAAAAAUGGGUCAACAGCAGAAAUUAUCAGCAGAGGCCCAGCAAAACCCCGUUGAUCCUUCAAAAAACAUGAGUUCUCAGUCCAACUCUGCUUCUAUACUGGGAGCAGCACCCAAGGUCACUCUUGCACCAGCAACAGCAGCAGGGUCUGGGAUUCUGCAGAAACCUGCUGCAAUGCUUCCGGCUCCCACUCCAGUGGCACCUGUGGGGCAGCAGGAUGAGUUGGGCAAAAUUCGCAUGAAACCCCGUGACCCUCGCCGUGUCCUCCAUGGCAACAUGCUUCAGAGGACUGGCAGCAUGGGUACUGAGCAGUUGAAGCAUACUCCUCCAGUGUCACGGACACAGACGGAGGAUCUAGCAGAUAGAAAAACACUGCCUUCUGAAUCUUCUGUAGCAUCAGAUGUGUCUCAGAAGAUUCUAAAGCACUCGAAGAAUAUUCCUGUUAUUAUGUCUUCUUCACAAUCAUCAACAAACCCAGUGCCAGCUUCUCAGACACCUAUGCAAUCUACAUCAGGAGUGGAUGCAAAAACUGAACUUCCAAACCACAAGGACAAGCGAUCUGGGACUGAUCCCUUGGUGGAAGUAAGUGCACCAGGCCCAUCUCCCUCACAAAGUUCAUGGGGAGAUCUGGAGCAUAUAUUCGAAGGAUAUGAUGAUCAGCAAAGAGCAGCCAUUCAGAGAGAGAGGGCAAGGAGGAUGGAGGAACAGAGGAAAAUGUUUGCUGCACGCAAGCUCUGCCUUGUUUUAGAUCUUGAUCACACACUUCUCAAUUCAGCCAAGUUCGGUGAAGUGGAGCCUGUACAUGAAGAGAUCUUGAGGAAAAAAGAGGAACAGGACAGAGCACAACCUCAGAGACAUCUUUUUAGAUUUAUUCAUAUGGGAAUGUGGACGAAGUUGAGGCCAGGAAUCUGGAACUUUUUGGAGAAGGCUAGUAAGCUUUAUGAGCUGCAUCUUUACACCAUGGGCAACAAGCUUUACGCUACAGAGAUGGCAAAAGUGCUCGAUCCAAAAGGGGUGCUGUUUGCAGGUAGAGUCAUAUCAAGGGGUGAUGAUGGUGAUCCAUUUGAUAGUGAUGACAGGUGUCCCAAGAGUAAGGAUUUGGAAGGAGUUUUGGGAAUGGAAUCAUCUGUCGUCAUCAUAGACGACUCCGUGAGAGUGUGGCCACACAACAAACUAAAUCUGAUAGUUGUAGAAAGAUAUACUUAUUUUCCCUGUAGCAGACGCCAGUUUGGGCUUUUGGGUCCAUCUCUUCUUGAGAUUGACCAUGAUGAGAGACCUGAAGCUGGAACAUUGGCUUCAUCUUUGGCGGUUAUUGAGCGAAUACAUCAGGAUUUUUUUGCCCAUCAAUCUUUAGACGAUGUAGAUGUUAGAAAUAUAUUAGCUGCCGAGCAACAGAAGAUUUUGGGUGGCUGUCGUAUAGUUUUCAGCAGGAUAUUUCCUGUCGGUGAGGCCAACCCUCAACUUCAUCCACUGUGGCAGACAGCUGAGCAGUUUGGUGCCACCUGUACCAACCAGAUAGAUGAUCAGGUUACUCAUGUAGUUGCCAAUUCUCUCGGAACAGAUAAGGUAAAUUGGGCUCUUUCAAGUGGAAGAUUUGUUGUCCACCCUGGCUGGGUGGAAGCAUCGGCUUUGCUUUAUCGGAGAGCAAACGAACAAGACUUUGCCAUCAAACAGUAACCAAUGAAAUGACACAUUGAAAACUAAAAUCCGACCCGACAUAACCCCGAACUACAGUACAGUAUCUGCAUAAUGCCGAGUGGAUGAAGCAAGAAACAGACUCCGCUCGGCAUAACUUGACUCAGAUAGACCCUUUCAUACCUUGUGCCUGCUUGCCUAUGGAUUAUCCAAAAUGAAAUAGGCAUGGGCAAGGCGCUAUCAUUUUGGCUGGGUAUUGGCUCCCCAGCGAGAAUGAGAAUGAAUGGGCAAUAUCCUCCUUGAUUAAAUUUGGGGGUGGUUAACUCUAGGGGACAGUUUCCUUUUGGAAGUCGGGUAGGAAAAGUGGACAAAUUCGGAAACCAAACAAUGAUGGAUCCCUCAUGGAUACUCAACAAACCGGGGAAAGAAGGGAUCUUAAAGCUGUGAAAUGGGGUUUUAGAUUAUUGGUGUGCUUGAGGUCAUGAUUCUUGACCUAGGGGGAAUCGCGUCAAAAGAAACGUCUGUCCUGAUGGGUCGGAUUCGACGUUAGCAACAAGCUCAGGAUCUAACUGUGGUGUCUUAAUGUGUAAGCUGUCGUAGAAUUUCCGGAGAAGAUUAAUCAUUCGAAUUCCUAGGGUCGGCCCUGCUGGUAAACCGCUGAUUCUGCAGAAGCUUUCUAUUAAAAGUGUGUCCUGUCUCAAUCUCCAAAAUUCCCCCUUAAAAUUCCAGUCCUUUUCUGUUUUUGUUUCUUUUACCUUGAUUUAAAGACUAAGCCAGGAAAUUCAGUCGUAUGGUUUUUGGGGGGUCUCUCGCUGUUGUCGAAAAGUAUAUUCUCCUGUUGCAAGCGAACGGAAGCGAAUCUGGGUUGAUGAUGGAUUUGGAAUUGGAUUCCACUUGUCUCUUGGGUCUGGGAGCACGCAAUUCUCCAAGAUUUGAAGCCGUUCCGGUGGAUUCUGGUUGAAGCUUGGAAUGAAUGUGGAUGUCUAAUUCGCAUCUCUCGACAUUUAUUGAGGGACGCUCGGAAUUCUCGUGGCCUUAAGAAAUCCUGAUGUGGACAGUCUACUGUGUCUCUGGGAGCACUGCUAAAGCAGAUACCUGUUUUGGGAAAGCAUGCUGGUGAGGAAAGGGAUAAUGGUCCGAAGCUAUCCACCUAAAUUCCACCUCUUCACCAAAAAAUAACAAAUAAAGAAAAUGGUAAAAAUGUGAACCGAGGCUUCGAACUCUGACACCGAAAACUGCCCGAAUUCGAUACGGUCCCGACCGAAAUGGUCCAGACAAAACUGGUUUCAUAGGAACAUUAGCCGAAAGGAGAUUGAAAGAGGAAAUCUUUUAUGACGUUUGUCCAAUUGAUCCGAAUUGAGGGAGAUGGCAGGGGGAUGGCACGAGUAUGUUCAAUCUGAGGAUUUCGAUGAAUGUCUUGCUUGUUAUAGGAUAAUUUACUGCAUUGGGAUUAGCCUAAGUUAGAUUCUUCUUGAAAUAGCAAUUUGCAGCCGGACCACUGUCUUAAAUUAUUCUGUUUUCCGGAAUAAACCCUGAAUUUCCUUUUCGAGA